GAAAGGUUUCAAGGAGUCUAUGCCUCCCUGAUAGCUCCUCGCUUGCGAGCUUAUCCUCUCUCCUUUCCUCGAGAACCUCUCCGUCAAAGGCUGACGACGCGCUUGACGAGAGAACAGAAUCGUUCGGCGCGUCUCCUCUAAAACAAUCUUGAAGAGAAACCGAGCACUGAUUCCUCAGCGAAAAAUGUUUGGAGCGACUGCAGUUGCCGUCGUGAUCGCAGCCGCCGUGGUGGCUGUAAGUGCAAUCGACAGCUGUGAGUUCGCUUUUGUCGAGAGCAUGCCUGAGGGACUGGAGUUCCCUCCCGACUCUCCUCUUCAUCCGAAGACUCAUCAAGUUUGGUUGGAUCUAACUCUGGGUGCCGAGAAGUCCAUCGACAUUGCGAGUUUCUACUGGACACUGCGCGACGAAGAUGUUCCUCCAGGUGAUAACUCGAGUUGGAUGGGAGAGCAAGUAUUCUCGGCUCUCAUGAACACCGGCUUGAAAAAGGAGAUGAAGAUCCGCAUUGCUCAGAACAAACCCAGCAGGAUCAAUCCAGCUAAGGACACGGAGCUUUUCGUGAAGGCCGGAGCCGCAGAAGUGCGAACAUUGGAUUUCGAUAAGAUUCUGGGCGCAGGUGUACUUCACACGAAGUUCUGGAUUGUCGAUGACAUGCAUGUGUACAUCGGGAGCGCCAACAUGGAUUACAGAGCUCUGAGUCAGGUGAAGGAGUUGGGGGCCGUCAUACACAACUGUCCGACUCUGGCCGCCGAUCUCAAGAAAGUCUUCGAAGUCUACUGGACGCUCGGAGAAAAUAAUCGCCUACCGGACUCGUGGCCUAGCAGCUUGGAAACACAUUUCAACGCGAAAACCCCAUUGCCUGUGAACCUCAAUUCUUCCGCUGCCCAGGUGUACAUUUCGAGUUCCCCUCCUGCGUUCAGUCCGGCUGGGAGAGCUGACGAUUUAGAAUCCAUUGUCGCCGCCAUCGACGCGGCUAAUGAAUUUGUUUACGUGGCAGUGAUGGACUUCAUUCCUCAAAUGCUGUACAGCGGCCCGCAGAAAGGGAAACUGUGGUUGCCCUUAGAGUCCGCUCUGAGACGAGCCGCCAUCGAACGAGGUGUCGAGGUUCGACUUAUGAUUAGCGAAUGGCAGAGUACGCGAGAAUCGGUCCGAGCCUUCGCCGCGUCACUCGGGGAGCUCGGUCACGCUUUUAAAAUCCAGACCCGCAAAUUCGUUGUGCCCAAACUCCCACCCAACAGAGUAGUUCCCUUCUCGCGCGUCAAUCAUAAUAAGUAUCUGGUCACGGACCAACAAGCCUUCAUUGGAACCUCGAACUGGUCAGGAGACUAUUUCGUCAACACAGCUGGUGUCGGACUCCACGUUUUCCAUAGGCAGAUCAUUCUUCAGCUCAAAGCUAUUUUCCUCAGGGACUGGGAGUCUCAGUACACCCACAGAAUAUACGAAAAUCGUCGCUGAUCUCAUCGAGUUGGUGUUCAUAGUCGAUAAUUGAGUAUGAAGCAUAAAUAAAGACAUGGAACAUAACAUUCCCCUU